AUGGACCGCGGACCCCUGGUGUGAGGAGUGCCAGCAAGCGGAGGACACGGUGGAGCACACCCUUCUUGCCUGUCCCUACUGGAGCGAGGAGAGGUCAGUGCUGGUAGCGGCGGUGGGAGACAGACACCUGGAGGUAGGCGACCUGACGGGAAUGGUGUGCGGCCCGGCCUUGGCAGACCUACCGGAGGACAGCAUGAGGAGGGCCAAGCUGCUCAAGGAGGCCCAGAAGCUAUCAGACUACUUCAGGGACUUCGUGGAGAAGGUGCUGGGGCGUAAGAAAGAGCUCGAGCGUGCCAGGCAGCGGCGCUGA